UACAAUAAAAUAAUAAUCCAAACGGCCCAAAAAAUAAAAUUUCAUCCUCCUCCUCUAUGCAGAGCAUCUUCUUCCUCUUAUCCAAUUUCAAGAAAUGUCACCCUUUUAACUUUACUGUCUAUCAUCAUCAUCAUUAUAAUUCUCAGCUACAAUCUCUAAUCUACCAUCUUUCUUGAAUACCCAGUUGGUAAAAAUACAAUCUUUUUCAUAUCCCAAAUAAAUUUACUACUCUGUAAGUCCACCAUUUUUAUGCAAGUCAGCUACUCAAUGAUCCAUAAUCCUUGCAAUUGAAAAGUUUUGAGAAUUGGGUUUUGUUUGUUUGAAGAUGUCUACUACUUUAUCUCAUUGCCCAUCUGGUUUUAGUGUCCAUUUAACUCAUGGAUUGAGGUUCAGAACAGAUGAUACAUGUGGUGUUAAGCUUCCAAACAAUGGUGAACUUUUUGGAGUCAAUCUGUAUCUAUCUUCUUCUUGUACUUUUAAGGGAAGCAGUAGUAGAAUCUGUUCUUUUCCAGGUGUUGGUGAUUUCUUUACAGAAAAAAGACCAACACCCAUGCUCGAUACAGUUGAAAACCCAAUGCAUUUAAAGAACCUGUCUUCAAAGGAACUGAAACAACUAUCUGAAGAUGUCAGAUCUGAGUUAUCCUUUAUCAUGUCAAAAACACAAAAAUCUAUGACUGCGAGUUUGGCAGUAGUUGAGCUGACAAUUGCCAUACAUCAUAUUUUUCACGCUCCAAUGGAUAAGAUAUUAUGGGAUUCAGGUCUACAAACAUACGCACAUAAGAUUCUCACAGGAAGGCGGUCCCUCAUGCACACACUUAGAGAAAAAGACGGUCUUUCAUCUGACACAUCUCGCUCCGAAAGUGAGUUUGAUCCUUUUGGGGCAGCUCAUGGAUGCAACAGCAUUUCUGCUGGACUUGGAAUGGCUGUUGCACGGGAUAUUAAAGGGAAAAGAGAUCGUAUAGUUACAGUUAUUAACAAUGGAACAACUAUGACCGGUCAGGUAUAUGAAGCAAUGAGCAACGCAGGCUAUUUGGAUUCAGAUAUGGUUGUGAUAUUAAAUGAUAGUCGUCAUUCAUUAAACCUAAAGCUUGAGGAAACUCCUAAAACAUCAAUAAAUGCUCUAUCAAGCACCCUUAGCAAGCUGCAGUCAAGUAAAUUAUUCCGAAGAUUACGACAAUUUGCCAAGAAAUUAGCUAAGAGACUUGGCAAAGGUAUGUAUGAAUGGGCAGCAAAAGUUGAUGAAUAUGCACGUGGAAUGAUGGGUCCAACAGGGUCAACUCUUUUUGAAGAACUCGGGUUAUAUUAUAUUGGGCCAGUUGAUGGACACAACAUUGACGAUCUUAUAUGUGUUCUUCGCGAAGUGGCCUCAUUAGAUUCCACUGGUCCAGUUCUGGUUCAUGUCAUAACAAAGGAAGAGCAGAUAGUCCAGAAAUACCAAAAAAGUGAAAUGAUGACCAAGAAACAGGAAGGUUCUUCUGAUUCAGAUUCAUCACCUUCUUGUAGACGUCCUCAAACAUAUAGUGAUUGUUUUGUGGAUGCUUUGGCAAUGGAAGCACAGAGAGACAAAGACAUUGUGGUAAUUCAUGCAGGAAUGGGGAUGGAACCAGCAUUACACUUGUUCCAGGAAAAAUUUCCAGACAAGUUUUUUGAUGUGGGGAUGGCUGAGCAGCAUGCAGUCACAUUUUCUGCUGGUUUAUCUUGUGGCGGGUUAAAGCCUUUUUGUAUAAUACCUUCUGCCUUUCUUCAAAGAGGUUAUGAUCAGGUAGUUCAUGAUGUAGAUCGGCAGAAGAUUCCAGUUCGUUUUGUUAUUUCAAGUGCAGGCUUAGUAGGGUCGGACGGGCCUGCACAUUGUGGGGCAUUUGACAUUACAUUUAUGUCGUGUUUGCCGAAUAUGAUUGUGAUGGCACCGUCUGAUGAGGUUGAACUUGUUCACAUGGUAGCUACUGCAUCUUGUAUUGAUGACAGGCCUGUUUGUUUCCGUUAUCCUAGAGGUGCCAUUGCACAGAUGAGCAACUCUAUCUGUCAUGGUGUUCCAAUCGAGAUUGGUAAAGGAAGAGUUCUUGCAGAGGGUAAAGAUAUUGCUCUUCUUGGGUAUGGAGCUAUGGUGCAAAAUUGUCUCAGUGCUCAGUCUUUGCUUUCAAAGCUUGGAAUCGAGGUAACCGUCGCUGAUGCAAGAUUCUGCAAGCCGCUCGACAUACAGCUUGUUAGAAAAUUGUGUGAUAACCAUUCCUUUCUAAUCACUGUUGAGGAAGGGACAGUUGGUGGAUUUGGAUCCCAUGUUGCCCAAUUUCUUACGCUUGAUGGACAACUCGAUGGAAAGAUCAAGUGGCGGCCAAUUGUGUUACCGGACCAAUAUAUUGAGCAUGCAUCACCGAAAGAACAACUUGCGCUUGCUGGCCUAACCGGACAUCACAUUGCUGCGACUGCAUUGAAUCUGCUUGGUCGCACCCGUGAAGCCCUUCUCUUGAUGUGUUAAAUGACAAGUUCCUAAUGUUCUUUUUCAAUGGUAGAGAUUAAAGACGCGUAAUGAUGAAGCUGACAGAUAAAAAUCUAGUUCAGCAUCUCAGAAUAGUUUUGUAGAUCAAUUAUCGUCAUUGGUAUAUCAGUUUUAGUUUGCACAUAUAUUUUCAAAAUUAGGAUUGUAUAUUAGUUUUUUUGCCCGCAUAUUCUGCAUUGCAGAUGUAUUUAACUAUGGUGCUUUCCUUAAACAAUGCAAAUGUCCCCUUUUUAUCUUGAAAAGCCAAAUGCAAGAUGUACUUGUAUACUUUUCAUUUUAUUUUCUGUGAUUAGUUUCUGGA